AUGCCAUCCACAUUCACCAAGACUUUUGACACCCUUGCAUUCAAGGGGACUGUCACGAUCUCUCUGGGUCUCUACAUAAACGGAGAGUCCGUGGACCCUGUUGAGGGUGGCACAAUCGAUGUUGUCAAUCCCGCAAUGGGUAAAGUAGUUACUUCCAUCGCAACCGGGACGAAAGUCGAUAUAGACAUUGCUGCGAAGGCAGCCAAGAAAGCCUACAAGACUUCAUGGGGCCUUAAAAUUCCUGGAGCUGAGUGUGGAUUCGUCUGCCACGCUCACCUUCACCAUCUCCUGUACGGAGAUUCUGAAAGCGAUUUCGAGGAGCCGCCAACAGAUUCAGACUCAGAAUUAUUAUCCCCCAGCUCCCUUUCAUCAGACUCGUUCUGCUAUGUGUCUGAAAAAGAAGUCCCUCCUCCUCCUCCCCGCCCUAAGCGCGACCCGCACAGUCCAGCUGAACAGCAUCAUGUAGAGGAAACUGUAGCUGCUAUACGUUUACGCACGCGACACCACGAUACCUAUGAAGAAUGGGAGAAACAGACGCGCAAAGAUGCAUUUUACCCGGACGUUAAUACGCUCGUAAAUGGUUGGAAGGAGCAGGAUAAGAAGUUCCGUGAUAGGAUAGAGGGCGUCAUACGGGCCGAGAGAAAAUGGAAGGAGGAAGAAGAAAGACGAAAAGUAGAGGAAGAGACGAAGCGGCUAGAAGAGGAAAAGGCACAAAGGCAACGAGAGGCAGAAGCGCCUGCGAAACGGCAAGAAGAGGAGAAGGAGCGCUUGCGCAGGGAGAAGCUGGACGCCGAGGAACAGGGCAGGGCACAAUUAGGAAUGUCCUUGGCCGAAGAGGACCGGGUGUACGCCCGUGAAACUCUCAAGAAUUUAAAAGCCAGGGCAAUGAAGAGAGUCAAGGAAGACAAGCAACUCAAAUCCCAAUGGAACGCCAUUCACCGACAGAUAACACCAAAGAUCGGGCAACUUACACAUGACAUCGACUCCGUCAUGCGGAUAACCCAACAAAUCAACGAUAUCGUUCGUCCAAACGACCGACUUCCUAUCGACAUCUACUUUGCCGCUCUGUCCUCACUAGCAAAAGCCAUCCUUCUUCAAGCCGAAACAGAGGUCACCGCCGAAAAGCGGAGCGCUAUACCCCUGGCCAUGGUUGCCGCGAGACUGCUAGGCACGCUUGAAGGUUUUCCGGACAUCUUCGCGAAGCUCGUACAACGGUCCGGUGGGUGGCCUGUGCCAUCAGCGAUUCCUUCCACGGACUCGGACGGUACUGCGUGGAAAGGCGAGGAGCGCACCAAGGCUAUGGGAUACCGGACGAAUGAAGGCCAGAGGGAGAGCUUAUCUGAACACGUUAUGCGCGUAUCAGGGAUGAUGCGUGUUUAUUUCCUGAUUCUGGCUGCGCCUGUACCGCAGCCAUUGGAAAAGAUGUUCCGGUUACCACGUUUUUUGGCGUAUUGA